AUGGCUUAUAUAGAAUGUAAAGUUUGGCAUUUUCAGGGAGAUGAUGAUAUAGAUCUAAAAAGUUGCCACGGAGCAAUGAAAGCAGGAUAUAGAUUCUAUACAGUUAAGGCAUUGAUAGACACAUCAUCUAGAGAAAAUUUUAUUAGAAGAAGCUUGGUUGAUAAGCUUGAGAUGGAGUACACUGAAUAUAAAGAAAAAAACAGGUUGGAAUGGAAAGAUAAACUAGUAUCUACUAAUGGUGACGAUGUUUUUAAUGAUUUCAUGAUUAUUGAAAAGCCGAAAGCGGACCUUGUAUUAGGAUUACCAUGGUUAUGGCUUCGUGAAGCAAAAAUAGAUAUGGAAAAACAAGGAUUAACAAUAUAUGAUAAAUCUCUCUAUCCCGCUCUAUAUGUUUCCCGAUUGUGGUACAGAUGCGGUGCCCCUAUUCUAUGGAGACGCAUUGAGCUAAAAGGGAAUGAUCCCAAAGCAAAGAAAUUCAUAGAAUUAGUAUGUGGGAAGCAAAAGCCAAUUUAUAGCUCGAAACCAACCCAUCUCGAAAUUUCAUACUAUAAUCCACUUUCAAGUAAGAAAAUUGAAGGUAUCGUAAGAACAUGCCCAAACAUAAUUCAUUUGAAUUUUGAAAAUUGUGUGGGUUUUAGUAAUAGAGCAUUAAAUCAGCUUAAAGCAUACCCCAAUCUGAGAUAUCUUAAUUUAUGUAGUAGUGGUAUUAUGGGUGAUAAAGCUUUAUGUGGAAUGGUGGGAUCAUGUCGUAAAAUAGAAUAUCUAAAUAUUUCUUUCUGCCAAGGUAUUACUGAUAGAUCUUUAAUCAAAAUUGCGGACAGUUGCCAAGCUUUACAAGAGUUUCAUUUUGCUUUAAAAAAACUUCUUACUGUAGAGAAACACCUUAAUGUAGAGAAACAUCUUAGUGUGGAGUAUCUUGAUUUUGGUAGUUUUUGUGGAAUUACUGAUGUAACUAUCAAAGAAAUUUCUCAUUUGUGUCUUUAUUUAAAAUAUCUUAAUCUGGAGGGAUGUGCUAAUAUUACUAAAGAAGCCAUAGAUCAGCUCGUUUUACUUAAUCCAAAUAUCCAUGUUGAGGAUUUCAUGAAUUCUAUGGAUAUGCGAGCUGAAUUAGAUCAAGAGAUAGGACGGAUAUAUAAAAUUCGGCAUAGUGUUGGUAAUAAUCUGAAUUCAGUUUUACCUCAGUUAUACCAGCAUCUUAGUUUCAUGACGGUUGACUCUGGUGACGAUUACCACAUUAUAGCUAUGAACAGACAUUCACCGACUCGAGGUAUUAUUUCCACCUUAAUGUCGAGAGCUGGUGAUAGAAUACUAGCUAAUCAAUCAGAAUGGUACUGUACUUUACCAAUCUAG